GUCAAUGCUGUCAUGUUGUUGGUGUUGCCACAAUUAAAAAACAAAGUUCUUGUUGAAAGACCUAACAACAAAUUACAAAUUUAUGAUUGCGUACCUAUUGAAAUGAAUGAUAGAAGAGAGGUACAAUUAAGUAAAUUAUUAUCUUGGCUUCUGAGACAUAGGGCAAAUAAAGAAGGCCUUCAAAUAAGUAAUGAUGGUUAUAUUGCAGUCAGUGAGCUCCUAUUACAUCAUUCAUUUAGGGGAAAGUAUAAUAAAAGUGAUAUUAUAAGAGUUGUAGAAAACAAUUCCAAAAAGAGAUUUAAACUGCGGCAGAACCCACAAAAUAACAUUCUGGAAAUCAAGGCAAAUCAGGGACAUUCAAUAGACAUUAAUAAUACUGAUUUGAUACAAAUACUUGAGCCCAAGUAUGAAACGUUAGUUCACGGCACGUAUUUCAAAUAUUGGCCAAAAAUUAAAAAUGCUGGCCUGCAUCAUAUGUCAAGAAAACUCAUACAUCUAAGUAAAGGUAUACUUGGUAACUCAAAUGUAAUAAGUGGGCUACGUAGGGAUGUGGAACUGUAUGUAUUUAUUGACCUAUCCGCAGCUUUGGCAGACGGUAUCAGGUUCUAUGAAUCAGAAAAUGGAGUAGUAUUGACUGAAGGAAAUGUUAAUGGAUACCUAGAACCAAAAUAUUUUUCUAAAGUUACUGUUGUUAAGACUGGACAACAAAUAUAUCCAUGAAACUUGGCAACAAUAUCCGUACUGCAGCAGUGCACAAUACAGGCAUAGAAGUGAGAUUUAUUAUAAGUAAUGACCACGGACGAGUAAAAAAAGAAGUACUCCGUGUCACCUUACAUAACAGUGAGGCACCAAAACAAGCCGAUAAACGUGUAAAUACAUAGCCCCACGCAUACACUUCCACUAAUACAAGCCUAUCUGCCGCCAAGAUGAGAUUUGCCAUCGUCUGUGACAGAUCAGUUUGCGUCGCAAUAAAAUGUCGUUGUGCGUUGUAUAUAAUUAUGUGUGGAUAUAUGAUUAUUUAAGGGAGAAUAAAUUGUGUAACUGGUAUGCCUCGUAACCGCUCACACACUAGCAUAACGGUGCUUCACUUGCUCAUAUCACGGCGAGGAGUCCUUCUUUUUUUACAAGUCCGUGGUUAUGACGUUCAAUUAUAGUUUGGUUGUUUUAACAGAUUAAAAACUUAUCUCAUUUAUUGUUCAACAUAGUCCAUAGUAUUGAAAUGAAAUGUUUCACUGGUUAACAUGUUAUAUAUACCUUUAAUAAACACCUACUCCCUCACGUUUAUAAAAUAAAUAAACAAAUGACAUAUUUUAUUAUUAGUACGCACAUUCCGAAAGCUUGCGUUAAAACUAAU